AUGGGUCCGCCGCCCAGACCUGCUUCCGCGUUGUCGAAUGGGACACGGCCAACUACGAGUGAUGGAACGCCGCGAGCAAUACCGGCUACACCAAAGAGAGGUCCUCUGGCUUCCCAGCGAGGUUCAAUGACGGCUCCACGGAGUGUCAGUGCGGCCAUGAUCGGUGCGUCCGCAACUCCCAGCAAAAGAUCAUCCAUCGUCCCUCCUUCUACGAUCAAGAAGCCGCCUCUCUCGCAGGUGCAAAGCCCGGGAUCAAACCCGAGAACCCGGCCUCUGUCCAACAGCAAGACCAUGGUGGCGCGGACGCCCGUGUCGCGACCAUCUGUAGCAGGUGCUUUCGGUCAAGCUGUAUCACCGUCAGCGAUCACGCCGGUUUCUACACCUUCGCCAGCAAGGAAGACCCCAGAGACGGCUCGAAAGGGCCCAAACUCUUCCACCUUGUUGAGGGAACAACUUGCCAAAGCAAAGGCCGCGAAACGGUCAGAGAGCGUGAAUAGUACGGAUGCGACCUCACCCAAGCCCAAUUCAUCUCAAGCAUUGCGCGAUCAGAUCGCAAAGGCCAAAGCGGAAAAACGUGCUACUGUAGCGAGCCCACCCCGUCCUCGCACUAACACUCCGCCGCGUGAUGCCAUCAUUCCAGAUCCAGCCGAAAUUGCGAGCUUCGACUUUGGCUUGAAUGAUCCUUUCAAUCAACGGCCCAAUGGAGGGUUUUCUCUUUUGCGAAAGCGCGUCGAUGGUGCCCGCGCGAAUGGCAAGCUCAAUCUUGCGGCAAUGGAGUUGAAAGAGAUCCCCGAGGAAGUAAUAAAGAUGUACGAAUACAAUCCAGAGAGUAAUGCCGCGUGGAGUGAAGUUGUCGACCUCACCUCUAUGAUCCUGGCCGAUAACAACCUCGACACCCUUCCGGAAUCUAUGUUUCCUGACGUGGACUACGAAGCGGUGGUAGAAUCCGAAGAUGUAGUGCCACAGUUUGGCAGCACUCAGAAUCUUGAUCUACAUGGUAACAUGUUCCGAGAGCUGCCGUUGGGCCUAGGACGAUUACCGCAACUUUCCAAGCUCAAUGUGUCGAGGAAUAAACUGACCGUGGAGACAUUAGGCGUCGUGUUCCAGAUUGCUACUCUCCGCGAGCUGAAACUCGCGGCGAAUGAACUUGAAGGCGCGUUUCCUGCCAAAGUCGAAAGCUUGACCUCAUUGGAAACCUUGGAGCUACAAGAAAAUCGACUUACCAGCUUGCCGCCCGAGAUACGCGCCCUUACACAUUUGCGGGCCCUGAACGUAUCUGAUAACAGACUUACCAGCCUUCCGAGCGAGAUCUUUACGUCCAUGCCAGUCAUUGACCUGAACGCGUCUAAGAACUCUUUCAGUGGCAGCUUUUUCGAUGUGGGUACCGUGCCGUAUCUACAGAAUCUUUGUUUAGCCAACAAUUCGCUCACAAGUCUUUACGGCUCGGAUACGAUCCUGCUUCCAUCCAUUAAACACCUCGAUAUCUCAACAAAUCGGUUGUCGAUUAUGCCGAACGUGGCCGCCUGGACUAGUCUGAUCACCCUGCUUGUUGGCGAGAACAGUCUAUCGACACUUCCGGAAGGUUUCUGCUCGUUGAAGCAGCUACGGAAUGCCGACUUCACCGCGAAUAACAUUAACAAGCUGGAUGAGCGGAUAGCUCUCAUGGAUGGCCUAGAGAAUUUGACACUAGCGGCCAACCCGCUUCGUGAACGGAAGUUUUUGACGAUGGGUGCAGAAGACAUAAAGCGCGAUCUCAUGUCAAAAUUGGGUCCCGAAACAGUGCCAGAUGCGGAAUUGUCACAAAUUUCAGAGGACGCCGACAUCGAAGUGGAAGGCAAUGGCUGGAAGUUGACGCCCUCUGGUACACUCGAUCUCUCAUCCCAGAUUAUGCCUGAAGUCGACGAAGACGCCGUAGCGUGCUUUGCUGAGUCGCACGACAUCAAGCAGCUGUAUCUGCAGCAAAAUUUGCUCAGCAAGAUUCCAAUGGUCAUAGCCCAGCUUUCGUUCUUGACCGUGCUAGAUAUGUCCAAAAAUAACAUCGCUGAUCCGUUGACGGAGAGCCUGGCGCUGCCCAAGCUUCGCGAACUUCGUCUCAGCAGCAACAAGCUCAGGUCGCUCAAGCAUAUUUCCUCGAUGCUAUCAGCGCCUAGGCUACAUCAUCUCGACGUCUCGAACAACAGGAUAGCAGGGUCGCUGCCGACUCUGCGCGAGUCGUAUCCUGAGCUUACGACGCUUUUGGCGUCCGAUAACGGCAUUGAUGAAGUCUCAGCUGAGUCGCUCGAAGGCUUAAAGAUCGUUAGCCUUAGCAACAACGACAUUGUGCGCUUGGAGCCGCAGAUCGGUCUACUCAUUGGAACUUUGACGAGCUUCGACAUCGAAGGCAACAAGUUCCGCGUACCGAACUACGCGGUGCUGAAGAAGGGCACUGAUGCUGUGCUGACGUGGCUUAAAGAUAAGAUUCCCUCGCCUACGGACGAGUUUUUCACCCCUGAGAGCCCGGCCUUGUAG